AUGGGUCCAGGAUUGGCCCUCCUCCUGCCGGCAGCGGCUGCCGCCAUCAUGUCCGACACAGACAGCGAUGAAGAUUCGGCUGCAGGCGGCCCAUUUUCUUUAACUGGCUUUCUUUUCGGCAAUAUCAAUGGAGCAGGGCAGCUGGAGGGGGAAAACGUCUUGGAUGAUGAGUGUAAGAAACACCUGGCAGGCUUGGGGGCUUUGGGUCUGGGCAGCCUGAUCACUGAACUCACGGCAAAUGAAGAAUUGGCUGGGACUGAUGGUGCCUUGGUAAAUGAUGAAGGAUGGGUUAGGAGUACAGAAGAUGCUGUGGACUAUUCAGACAUCAAUGAAGUAGCAGAAGAUGAAAGCAGAAGAUAUCAGCAGACAAUGGGAAGUUUGCAACCUCUUUGCCAUUCAGAUUAUGAUGAUGAUGACUAUGAUGCUGACUGUGAAGACAUUGACUGCAAGUUGAUGCCUCCCCCACCUCCACCCCCAGGACCAAUGAAGAAAGAGAAGGACCAAGAUACUGCUACUGCUGUGUCUGAAGAUGGAGAAGGCAUCAUCUUGCCUUCCAUCAUUGCCCCCUCUUUGGCUUCAGAGAAAGUGGACUUCAGUAGUUCUUCAGACUCAGAAUCUGAGAUGGGACCUCAGGAAGCAACACAGGCAGAAUCCGAGGAUGGAAAGCUCACUCUACCAUUGGCUGGAAUUAUGCAGCAUGAUGCCACCAAGCUAUUGCCAAGUGUCACAGAACUUUUUCCAGAAUUUCGGCCUGGAAAGGUGUUACGCUUCUUACGUCUUUUUGGACCAGGGAAAAAUGUCCCAUCUGUCUGGCGGAGCGCUCGUAGAAAGAGGAAAAAGAAGCACCGUGAGCUGAUACAGGAAGAACAGGUCCAAGAGGUGGAAUGCUCAGUAGAAUCAGAAGUCAACCAUAAGUCUCUGUGGAACUAUGACUACGCUCCACCACCACCUCCAGAGCAGUGUCUCUCCGAUGAUGAGAUCACAAUGAUGGCUCCUGUGGAGUCCAAGUUUUCCCAGUCAACUGGAGAUACAGAUAAAGUAAUGGAUACUAAACCAAGAGUUGCUGAGUGGCGUUAUGGACCUGCCCGGCUGUGGUAUGAUAUGCUUGGUGUACCUGAAGACGGCAGUGGGUUUGACUAUGGAUUCAAAAUAAGAAAGAUAGAAAAUGAACCUGUGAUAACAUGUACAACAAAGCAGAAAUUCAAGAAACUUGAGGAGAACAAUGGUGUUGAUCUUCUGGCAGAUGAAAACUUCCUGAUGGUGACGCAACUGCAUUGGGAAGAUGAUAUCAUCUGGGAUGGGGAGGAUGUCAAACACAAAGGAACAAAACCUCAGCGUGCAAGUUUGGCAGGCUGGCUUCCUUCUAGUAUGACUAGAAAUGCCAUGGCAUACAAUGUUCAACAAGGUUUUACAGCCACUCUGGAUGAUGAUAAGCCUUGGUACUCCAUUUUUCCUAUUGACAAUGAAGAUCUGGUAUAUGGACGUUGGGAGGACAACAUCAUUUGGGAUGCUCAGGCUAUGCCACGAAUUUUAGAGCCUCCUGUACUGACACUUGAUCCCAAUGAUGAGAACCUGAUUUUGGAGAUUCCUGAUGAGAAAGAAGAAGCUACUUCUAAUUCCCCAUCUAAAGAGAGUAAGAAGGAAUCUUCUCUGAAGAAGAGUCGAAUUCUGCUAGGGAAAACAGGAGUCAUUAAAGAGGAACCACAGCAGAAUAUGUCUCAACCAGAAGUGAAAGAUCCAUGGAAUCUCUCCAAUGAUGAGUAUUAUUACCCCAAGCAACAGGGUCUUCGAGGUACUUUCGGAGGGAAUAUUAUCCAGCAUUCAAUUCCUGCUGUAGAAUUACGGCAGCCCUUCUUUCCCACCCAUAUGGGACCUAUCAAACUCCGGCAGUUCCAUCGUCCACCUCUCAAAAAGUACUCCUUUGGGACACUGUCUCAGCCUGGUCCACAUGCUGUACAUCCUUUGCUCAAGCACAUCAAAAAGAAGGCUAAGAUGAGAGAACAAGAGAGGCAAGCUUCAGGUGGUGGAGAGAUGUUUUUUAUGCGGACACCUCAGGACCUCACGGGCAAGGAUGGAGACCUUAUUCUUGCAGAAUACAGUGAGGAAAAUGGACCCUUAAUGAUGCAAGUUGGCAUGGCAACCAAGAUAAAAAAUUACUAUAAACGGAAACCUGGAAAAGAUCCUGGAGCCCCAGAUUGCAAGUACGGGGAAACGGUUUAUUGCCAUACAUCACCUUUCCUGGGUUCUCUCCAUCCUGGCCAAUUACUACAGGCAUUUGAGAACAACCUUUUUCGUGCUCCAAUUUAUCUUCAUAAGAUGCCCGAAACUGACUUCCUGAUCAUUCGAACAAGACAGUGUUACUACAUUCGGGAAUUAGUGGAUAUUUUUGUGGUUGGCCAGCAGUGCCCACUGUUUGAAGUUCCUGGUCCUAACUCCAAAAGGGCCAAUACACACAUUAGAGACUUUCUGCAGGUUUUUAUUUACCGCCUCUUUUGGAAGAGUAAAGAUAGGCCACGGAGGAUCCGAAUGGAAGAUAUUAAAAAAGCAUUUCCAUCACAUUCAGAAAGCAGCAUCAGGAAGAGGCUAAAGCUCUGUGCUGACUUCAAACGUACAGGGAUGGACUCAAACUGGUGGGUGCUGAAGUCUGAUUUUCGUUUACCAACAGAAGAGGAAAUUAGAGCUAUGGUAUCACCAGAGCAAUGCUGUGCUUAUUAUAGCAUGGUAGCUGCAGAGCAGCGACUGAAAGAUGCUGGCUAUGGAGAGAAGUCCUUUUUUGCUCCCGAAGAAGAAAACGAAGAAGAUUUUCAGAUGAAGAUUGAUGAUGAAGUCCGCACUGCUCCUUGGAAUACCACAAGAGCUUUCAUUGCUGCCAUGAAGGGCAAAUGUCUCCUAGAAGUGACUGGGGUGGCAGAUCCUACAGGCUGUGGUGAAGGAUUCUCCUAUGUGAAGAUUCCAAACAAACCAACACAGCAGAAGGAUGAUAAGGAGCCUCAGCCAGUGAAGAAGACAGUGACAGGAACAGAUGCAGAUCUUCGUCGCCUUUCUCUGAAAAACGCCAAGCAACUUCUUCGUAAAUUUGGUGUGCCUGAGGAAGAGAUUAAAAAGUUGUCUCGCUGGGAAGUUAUUGAUGUGGUACGCACGAUGUCAACAGAGCAGGCUCGCUCUGGAGAAGGGCCCAUGAGCAAAUUUGCCCGUGGAUCAAGGUUUUCUGUGGCUGAACAUCAAGAACGUUACAAAGAGGAAUGCCAGCGUAUCUUUGAUCUACAGAACAAGGUUUUGUCAUCAACUGAAGUCUUAUCAACUGACACAGACAGCAGUUCAGCUGAAGACAGUGAUUUUGAAGAAAUGGGAAAGAAUAUUGAGAAUAUGCUGCAAAACAAGAAAACCAGCUCUCAGCUGUCUCGUGAAAGGGAGGAGCAGGAACGGAAGGAACUACAACGGAUGCUACUUGCAGCAGGUUCAGCAGCAUCAGGAAAUAAUCACAGAGACGAUGACACAGCUUCUGUGACUAGCCUUAACUCCUCUGCCACUGGCCGCUGUCUGAAGAUUUAUCGUACAUUUCGGGAUGAAGACGGGAAGGAGUAUGUUCGCUGUGAGACAGUCCGAAAACCAGCUGUUAUUGAUGCCUAUGUGCGUAUAAGGACCACAAAAGAUGAGGAAUUUAUUCGAAAAUUUGCCCUUUUUGAUGAGCAACAUCGAGAAGAGAUGCGAAAAGAACGACGGAGGAUUCAAGAGCAACUGAGAAGGCUUAAACGGAAUCAGGAAAAAGAAAAGCUUAAGGGUCCUCCUGAGAAAAAACCUAAAAAGAUGAAGGAACGCCCAGACUUAAAACUGAAAUGUGGAGCAUGUGGUGCCAUUGGGCACAUGAGAACAAACAAAUUCUGUCCUCUUUACUAUCAAACAAAUGCUCCACCUUCCAACCCUGUUGCCAUGACAGAGGAGCAGGAGGAAGAAUUGGAAAAGACAGUUAUUCAUAAUGAUAAUGAAGAACUUAUCAAAGUUGAAGGAACCAAGAUUGUCUUGGGGAAACAGCUUAUUGAGAGUGCAGAUGAAGUGCGCAGAAAAUCUCUGGUCCUCAAGUUCCCUAAGCAGCAGCUUCCUCCCAAGAAGAAACGAAGGGUUGGAACCACUGUUCACUGUGACUAUUUGAAUAGACCUCAUAAAUCCAUCCACCGGCGCCGGACAGACCCUAUGGUGACACUGUCAUCCAUCUUGGAGUCUAUCAUCAAUGAUAUGAGAGAUCUUCCAAAUACAUACCCUUUCCACACUCCAGUCAAUGCAAAGGUUGUAAAGGACUACUAUAAAAUCAUCACUAGACCAAUGGAUCUACAAACACUCCGUGAAAAUGUGCGGAAACGCCUUUAUCCUUCUCGGGAAGAAUUCAGAGAGCAUUUGGAACUAAUUGUAAAAAAUAGUGCAACCUAUAAUGGGCCGAAACACUCACUGACCCAGAUUUCUCAAUCCAUGUUGGAUCUCUGUGAUGAAAAACUCAAAGAGAAAGAAGAUAAAUUGGCUCGUUUAGAGAAGGCUAUUAACCCCUUGCUAGAUGAUGAUGACCAAGUGGCAUUUUCUUUUAUUCUGGAUAACAUUGUUACUCAAAAAAUGAUGGCAGUUCCAGAUUCUUGGCCAUUUCAUCACCCAGUUAAUAAGAAGUUUGUUCCUGAUUAUUACAAAGUGAUUGUCAAUCCAAUGGAUUUAGAGACUAUACGUAAGAAUAUCUCCAAGCACAAAUACCAAAGUCGGGAGAGCUUUUUAGAUGAUGUAAACCUUAUUCUCGCUAACAGUGUUAAGUACAAUGGGCCCGAGAGUCAGUAUACUAAGACUGCUCAGGAGAUUGUGAAUGUCUGUUAUCAGACAUUGACUGAGUAUGAUGAGCAUUUAACUCAACUUGAGAAAGAUAUUUGUACAGCUAAAGAAGCAGCUUUGGAGGAAGCAGAAUUAGAAAGCCUGGAUCCAAUGACCCCAGGGCCUUACACACCUCAGGCUAAGCCUCCUGAUUUGUAUGAUACCAACACAUCUCUCAGUAUGUCUCGAGAUGCCUCAGUAUUUCAAGAUGAGAGCAAUAUGUCUGUCCUGGAUAUUCCCACUGCUACUCCAGAAAAGCAGGUAACACAGGAAAGUGAAGACAUAGAUGGUGAUAUUCCAGAUGAAGAGGAAGGAACUGUACAACAGCCUCAAGCCAGUGUCCUGUAUGAGGAUUUGCUUAUGUCUGAAGGAGAGGAUGAUGAUGAAGAUGCAGGGAGUGAUGAAGAAGGAGAUAAUCCUUUCUCUGCUAUUCAGCUCAGUGAAAGUGGAAGUGACUCUGAUGUGGGAUCUGGUGGUAUAAGACCCAAACAACCCCGUAUGCUCCAAGAGAACACAAGGAUGGGCAUGGAAAAUGAAGAAAGCAUGAUGUCCUAUGAGGGCGACGGUGGGGAGACUUCCCAUGGUUUGGAGGAUAGUAACAUCAGUUAUGGGAGCUAUGAAGAGCCUGAUCCCAAGUCGAACACCCAGGACACAAGCUUCAGCAGCAUCGGUGGGUAUGAGGUAUCAGAGGAGGAAGAAGAUGAGGAGGAGGAAGAGCAGCGCUCUGGGCCAAGUGUACUAAGCCAGGUCCACCUGUCAGAGGACGAAGAGGACAGUGAGGAUUUCCACUCCAUUGCUGGGGACAGUGAUUUGGACUCUGAUGAAUGAGGCUUCCUUUGGGCCUCCUUGGUCAGCCAUCUCUAUUCUCCAGCCUAGGUGGUUUAUCUUUUCCCAACUUGUUGAGAUUUGUACAGUGUUUGAUCAUGAAGUCACCAAAUUAACACUUAGUUUUUAAUAUGAAAUAAUAAUUGCCUUUACUAAUCUUCUUGGGAUAGCAAGUUUUUCCACUAACCAAAAAGAAUAAGCUCACUUUUCCCCAGUACUAUUCUUUAAUGCUAUUUAUUGGGAAAGGAGUAAAAACCAUGAAACGACUAAUAACUUUAUGUCUUUCUAGUAUAUUAGGAAUUUUCUAAACAUAGCAUCAUUUCAUUUUCUAAUUUGCAGGCUGGAAUAGAUGAGAACCCCCCUGCUGGAACAGAGAAUUAGGUUCAAGUUGGCUCUGUGCCAUACUUUAAAAAACAAAAACUGUUGGACAAACUGCCUGCUAAUAUGUUUUUUAUUUAGAUAUACAGUGCAUUGCUGCUAAAUGAAUUAGAGGCAACUAACUAUAAAUCUUUGAAACAGCUUGUAUGUUAGAAAUUAUAUGUUGCCAUGUCAAUGUGCUUUGUGGCCUCCCUUCCCCCUGAAAAAGGAAAUGCAGAUGGUUAGUUCUUUAGGGCAACAACUGUGUCUUUUGUUUCUUUUCAUACUUAGGAUAUGGUUCUGUGCAACGUAGAUACUCUGAGAAUGGUCUUAAAAUCAUGCAACUAUCAACAGAUAUUUUACUGAGUAUCUUCACCAUGUUAAGAAUUCUAUCAGAUCCCUGGGAUGUAAAGGUAACAAAUAAUAAGAC